GUCUAGCGAGUUAUUUUCGUUGAAGCUCGGCAUUUUCAGCGCAAUAAAAAAAACGGCGCGUUCCGGAUCGCAAUUUCAGGCCCAUAAUCAUCGACAACAAGACGUGGCUUCUUCGUGGAACAGUGAAGCUGAGACUCGCACAGUCUCUCAGUCCUCGACUCCUCGUAAAUGUGUUCACUACAAAACCCUUUCCUUCAAUUAACAGAGUUGUUCACUUCAAGCAUCAAUUCUCUUCCAAGGGUCAGUAAUGUCCCUUCUUCUCUUCGACUACCAUUACCUCAAACCUACAAACACGGCUUUAGGUUAAGGGCACUGUUGUCCAUACAAGAAAUUCCCCCAAAUGCCCUUCGCCGGAAGAGCGAUUCGCUGUGGAGAGGCGGUUUCAGUCUAGGUAUAGACUUGGGAUUGUCUCGCACUGGCCUUGCCCUCAGCAAAGGCUUCUCCUUUCGUCCUCUAACGGUUUUGGAGUUGCGAGGACAAAAGCUUGAGCUCCGGCUUCUUGAAAUUGCAGAGGAUGAGGAGGCAGAUGAAUUUAUAAUUGGGCUUCCUAAGUCUUCAGAUGGAAAAGAAACCCCCCAAUCCAACAAAGUUCGUUGUGUUGCUGGAAGGCUUGCUGUUCGAGCAGCUGAAAGGGGCUGGAGAGUGUAUCUGCAGGAUGAACAUGGGACAUCGAUGGAAGCCACUUACCGUAUGAUUGACAUGGGCCUUCGCAAGAGUGCUCGGCAAAAGAGCGUUGAUGCCUAUGCAGCUGUGAUGGUAUUAGAGAGAUAUUUUUGCAUGUCAGGGGAGGGAACUGAACUUGUCGUGCCAAAGCAAUUGGAUCUACAAGAUAAACUUCGAAAAGGUCCUCCCAAGGACCUUGAUUUUUAUCCAGAGUGAGAUUAAUUCAAUGGCAAACUUUAAUUUUUCACCAAGAUUCAGAAUUCCAAGCAAUCCUCUGGUAAUGCCAACAUGUUUGGUUGGUCAUAACGGAAUGAAAUUUGGAUUUGUUGUAAUAUUAUAUAUCUUUUAUUUGAUUAAAGUUAAUCACAUUUUACCUUCUACGCGCAACUGUAUAUAGAGGAAUCAAAUUCUGUACAGA